GCGGCGUCGCCAGGGCAACGCGCGAGGGGCUGACCGCUGGGUCCGGGGAGAGGCGCGCGGGACCGCGUGGGCCCACUUACCCGAAGUGGCCUCGGGUGGCCGAGGUCCCCUUUGGUGGCUCCAAGAAGACUCCCGGCACAACAAUGCCAUCCCCACUGGGCCCCCCGAGUCUGCCCUCUGUGGACCCCGAGGCCACCCAGGAGGAUCCUGAGGCAGCACGCCAGCGCUUCCGGGGCUUCUGCUACCAGGAGGUGGCCGGUCCCCGCGAGGCCUUGGCCCAGCUCCGGGAGCUCUGCCGCCAGUGGCUGCGGCCCGAGGUGCACUCCAAGGAGCAGAUGCUGGAGCUGCUGGUGCUGGAGCAGUUCCUGGGCGCGCUGCCCCCCGAGAUCCAGGCCUGGGUGCGGGGACAGCAACCAGGCAGCCCUGAGGAGGCCACUGUCCUGGUCGAGGGCCUGCAGCAUGACCCUGGGCAGCUUCUGGGCUGGAUUACAGCACAUGUCCUGAAGCAAGCGGUGCUCCCAGCCGCACAGAACACAGAGGAGUCUGUGGGGAGCUCCCACCCUUCAGGGACAGUGGAGCCCCGAAAGGCAGCCUCUUGGGAGGGGUCCAAGGAUGCCCAGUUGGAGGAGAAUGCCCAGCUCAGCUGCAGCGUGAAGGAGGAGCCUGAUGGCUACGGGCAGGAGACAGCACCGUCCAGCCCCCCACAUCCAGCCCGGUCCCAUGAGGGGCCCGCUGAACAACAGGAACCGACCUCCGUGCCCUUUCAGCCACCCAGGAUUCAGGAGGAGUGGGGGCUCCUGGACCGGUCACAGAAGGAGGUGUACUGGGACGCGAUGCUGCAGAAGUACGGCACGGUGGUCUCCCUGGCAGGGUUGCCGUGUCCCCUGCCGGAGGCGCGCACUGAGCCGGAGCCGGAGGCGCUGAGCACCGGAUCCGAGGGAGCGAGAAGCCUCCUCCCGGCUGUCGAGUCCCAGCCUGAACGGACAUUAAGGGAACUUCUUUCCAAGUCUGGAUGGACAAGCAUGGCGUCUGAGAACAGAUGUGACGUAGGCCACGCAUGCUGGCAGGUGAGUGAGUCACAGAGCAGGAGGGCGGAGGAUCAGCUGCCUGCUGCCCACGGCAGUCCGUCUGUGGGCAUUCAGGACUUUGGCCAGUGUACUGUACUACUUUCCUACUGUUGCUCUAACGAGCUCGGUGGCCUGAAACAACACAAAACGUACUCUCUUAGGACUCUGAAUUGGGUCUCAUGGGGCCCAAUCAAGGUGUCAGCACGGCUGGUUCCUCCUGAAGGCUCUAAGGGGGGAAUCCACUUUAAGGCUUUUUCUAGCUUGUAGAGGCUGCCACGUUCCUCGGUGGUGGCGCCUUCCUCCAUCUUAAAAGCCAGCAGUGGAUGGUUAAGUCUCAUGCUGCCUCCCCCUUGUAAAGACCCUCAGGGUUACAUCUACGGCUCCCCUGGUAACCCGUGAUGAUCUCCCCAUCUCGGGGUCACAUCUCAUCCAUGCCCCACCUACACACCUGAUCUCAUCUGCAAAAUCCCUUCUGCAUGUGAGACAACAUUCACAGGUUCCAGGGAUUAGGACAUGGGUGUCUUUGGGGACUGUUAUUCCACACCCUUCUCUGUCACCUUUCUGCUCUGAAAACAAGGGACAUUUUUGUGGGACGUGGUUUCAGGGAGACAGGUGCACCCACAGAAGGAGCCCUCUGCAGCCUCAGGCUCAUGCAGGGGUGGCAGGUGGGCGUUGAGUGUGGCUGUGACCAUGGUUACUAGCAGAGGUGGGGUGGACACCUGGGCUGCGUGGGGAGGACCUUGCUGCAGCCUGAAACUGGGAGGGAGAGGCCUCCAUCUGGAGGACCCGUCUCCUCCAUGCCCAGUCUUCUGAGGACCUUUGACCUGUCGACCACACUCAGGCCUGGGGAAGCAGAGCCAGGCUGGAGAUGGAACCGGGCACUGGUGAUCUUGUUACCGAGUCCCAGCUUGUACUGCUGGCCGCACCACAGGCCAAUAAAUUGAGAGCCGAGUUGUUGAGGCAAGGAAUAGUGACUUUAUUCAGAAAGCCAGUGGACUCGGGACUUCCCUGGCGUUGCAGUGGUAAGAAUCCGCCUGCCAACCUAGGGGACACGGGUUCGAUCCCUAGUCUGGGAAGAUCCCACAUGCCGCAGAGCAACUAAGCCCGUGCGCCACAACUACUGAGCCUGCGCUCUAGAGCCCGAGAGCCACAACUACUGAGCCCGCAUACCUAGAGCCUGUGCUCCACAACAAGAGAAGCCACCGCAAUGAGAAGCCCGCCGCAACUGGAGAAAAAGCCCGCGUGCGGCAACGAAGACCCAACGCAGCCAAAAAUUCAUUGAAAAAGAAAGUGCUGGGCUUCCCUGGUGACGCAGUGGUUGAGAGUCCGCCUGCCGAUGCAGGGGACACGGGUUCGUGCCCCGGUCUGGGAGGAUCCCACAUGCCGCGGAGCGGCUGGGCCCGUGAGCCAUGGCCGCUGAGCCUGUGCAUCCGGAGCCUGUGCUCUGCAACGGGAGAGGCCACAACAGUGAGAGGCCCGCGUACCGCAAAAAAAAA